AUGUCUACAUCUGCAACCGCUCUCAACCCUUCUCUGCUCGCGAUUCUCCUCGUCGUCCAGGGCCGAGCUGGCUCAGGCGCUGAAAUUGUCUUCCACUAUCCUCCAGACCCUCUGUCGGCGGAACGACCUCCUUAUGCUUCGGAGUCCACAGAUGAUGAUGACGGAGAAAGUUCCAGCAGUGAUUCGGAAGAGUCAUCUUCGGAAGAGGACUUUGAGUUGUUUACAAGGCGGUUCGGGAGUGCGGUCACAGCAACACAGAACCAAGAAAACCAAUCACAGCACUCGGAUGAUGAGGACAGCAAUUAUCUGAGCAAGAGGGGGACACAGGACAAUUCACAAUGGAAGCCAUCGUGGGAGCCGCUCCUUGGGCUCGGAGAAGAUGGUCUGGUCAGCUUGCUUGCUCCCGGGCGAUCCUGGCAUAAACGGAGGUUUGAGCUCAGUAUCAACGACCUGACGUUCCUGGGUCGACCAGUCUAUGCUCGUGAGGACGGCUUCUGGCGAAAACCAAAGGUGAGGAGGUCAAGGACGGCGGAAGAUGAGGUCCUAUCCUCAGAGGCUACGAUCAGUGACAGCGCCCAGGAUGAUGAGGGCGCCGGCGACGAAGCCGCAGCGACUGACCACAACAGCAAAAAGGACUACCAUACAAAAGAGCGUGCGAAGAGCCAACUGACCAUGUUCCACGUCGUGUUCGUCAUGGACCCUCCACCACUGGAGCAUACAACUCGGGUCAAGGAGAUGUACGACCAUGUGGUGAAGAAGUUCUCCAAGGUGCUAAAAUGGGCUCAGUCACACCAUGAUUAUGUCUGGGAACAGUCUGAGCUGCUGCAAUCUAUCAGGUCGACGCAUUUCCAUCAACAGUCGCCCACAAAGGUGCUGUAUACUGAAAUGAAACAACGGUCGUCUUUGGCUGCUGCCCUUGCCAAAGUCUUCGACAACAUCUCCGCCUCGAAAGUGGCUGCAAUCACCCUCAGUCCCAAAUUGUCCGUAUCUCUCCAGAUUCCUCCUAUCACGUCGACUUCUUAUCUUCCCUCUCUUUCCGAACCACCACUACAGCCCGGAUUGUGGCUCACAACAGCCACGGAUCCUACGUCUACCGGCUCCGAUUUGGACGCAACCUCGUCCACAGGUCCCUUGCAGUUGUCGAAGAACUUCACCCUCCUGCUUAAAUCCAGCCCGCAGAAGAUUCUCAAAGACAUCCAAGCUGCGGGAGGGUCGCUAGCCAUACCAUUGACCAACUUCAUCGGACACUUGAAGCCAACCAAAUCCUUCUACAAGAUAUCGCUUGCUUCCCAAAUAGCUUUAGGCGACAUUCAACAUCUGGCUCGUCAUCUGGUGUAUUGGCGGCGGGCCAUGGCGAUUCCGCCGCUACAUCAGCGCGACACAUACAUUGUCUCCCCAAACGCCAAUAUGAGCAGACUGAUGUCAGCAUCUAAGACAUACGAGGCAACAUUCCCUAUGAUGCCGUCUUUACCGAAGAUGUUGAACGCACUGAGCGGCACUCCUACCCCGUAUGGCGCUCUCAUCCCCAGCAGAGACCACAAGGAAGAGUACUACCGAGUGCUGGCCUGGCUCAUGCGCGACGGCUGGGUCACACAGCUGCGUACAUUUGCAUUUGUCCGGGUGGACCCGGAGGUGAAGAAAGCAGUACGCGAGAAGGAGCGCGAGGAAUCCAAAGGGCCGAAAACUCCCAUUCUUGACAGAGACGCCAGCGACCGUGAUAGAGACGCGGCGAGGAGUUUUGGUAGUGGCACGCCGAACACGACCGCCAGCGGAGCAAUUUCGUCUUUCAAGCAGCGCCCCAGCAUGGUCAGCCGCCCAUCCAGUGAUGGGCGGCAGUCGAUUUCCACCGACCGGAACAGCGUGCGCGGAGGGCAACAGUUCAAGCACAACCCUAAAGCGGCCAGUCUCAUAAUCUCCCCUCAGCGGGCAUCGCCCGAAGAGUCGCGGUGGCUCGACCACAUUGCAUCCACCAUCGGCUCGUCUCGCAGUCCGUCUCGGGCGGAACUGUCUCCCUCGCUUGCCUCUUCGUAUUCCGAGGCCGAACAAGCAGAGCUGCGGCACUACUGGUCCGUGUUGGUCAAGUACUUCAGCGGGACGGAACCUCUGGAGAGAAUUCCUGUGAGAGAAGGACUGAAGAGGAAGUUUGUCUGGGACAUGCUGGAGAAGGUGGGACUGGAUUUUGAGGGCGGCGUCGAGGAUGAAAAGGGCGAGAAUAAGAGGGUGCUGGUUACCAUUCGACAUUGGUAG